AUGAACAACACGAUCACUUGCUCUCUGCCCGACUUGAUUCGCUAUUCCUUUUUACAAGAGUUCUCAAAAAAUAUCUUCUUUUUUAUCUGUGUACUUGACGUCCUUGUGUUCUUGGCUGCUUCAAUUGGAAAUACGCUCACCUUGGUGGCACUACGAAGAAGCCAAUCAAUACAUCCUCCUUCCAAAGCUCUCUUCUGCAGUUUGGCAUUGUCAGAUCUUUGUGUUGGUUUAGUCGUUGUUCCUUUACACUUUGGCUUGAUGUUGGCAACCAUAGUCGAAGUUCCAUCUUUAUAUUGUGCGCUGGUAUCACCCACGACUGUGAUCGCUUUUGUUAUGGCGUCGGUUUCCCUCAUGACCACUACCGCAAUUGCUGUGGACAGAUAUCUCGCUUUUUUCCUUAAGCUUAGAUACAAAGACCUCGUACGUGUUAAUCGAGUUGUUUUGGUACUCGCUUUGGAGUGGCUUAUAGGAAUCUUAUGGGCAGGAUUGUGGGUCCAUAGCAGAAGUGCAAGUCACACGGUAGGAGCUCUUGCAAACUGCCUGUGUACCAUGACAAAUUUCGUCUGUUACUUGAAGAUCUUCUUUGGCUUAAAACAGCGCCGAACAUUUCCAAUUCCAGUUCAAAGCCAAUUUGAAUCAAAUCAGAUAAUGUACUUUAAUAUCCUUAUCUACAAAAAGUCCGCCAAGAGUAUGUUUAUAAUUUACAGCAUCAUGUUAUUUUGCUAUGUUCCAUAUUCUUUGGCACUGGCGUUGCAGUUUGCGUACGGUGUUAAUAGCUCUACCUUCUUUAUUCUUUCAAUUUCAUAUACCAUUAUACUGGUAAACUCUUCGCUAAAUCCUUUUGUUUAUUUUUGGCGAAUAAGAGAAAUAAGGGGGCAAGUGCUGGAAAUGUUUAAGAAACUCAAGUUGUAUGGACACAUUAACUCUUAA